AUGGAGCUGGUGACGGAGGUGGUGGCAAAGCAUAAACCAAGUGGUAACGGAAGUGGUGCGAUGGUGCCAGAGUUCGGCUGGAGCCCAGGGCCGGAAACCGGAGAGGCCACCCAUGGGGCGGCCGGCGCCGAAGACUGGCGGGACGGACUGCUGGGCGCUUUCUCCACCGGGCUACCCACACCGAAUGGGACGGCCGAAAGCAGCCCGACGGUGGACUUUUUGUCGAUCCUGCCGCUGUGGCGGCUCAUCGUGUGGAACAUCCUGUUCGCCGGCAUCGUCAUCACCGCGACCGUCGGUAAUCUGAUCGUGGUGUGGAUCGUCCUGUCCCACAAGCGGAUGCGCACGGUGACAAACUAUUUUCUCGGCGCCGACGCAAUGGUUUCUACGCUGAACGUCACCUUCAACUACACGUACAUGCUCUACCUGGACUGGCCGUUCGGCACGAUGUACUGCAAGAUCUCGCAGUUCGUCGCCAUCCUCAGCAUCUGCGCUUCCGUGUUCACGCUGAUGGCCAUCGCGAUAGAUAGGUACGUAGCCAUCAUGAACCCGCUGAAGCCACGCAUGGGCCGAAAGGCGACGCUGUGCGUUGCGGCCGGCAUCUGGAUCGUGGGCACGAUAAUCUCCAGCCCGAUGCUGCUGUUCUUCACCACCUACAACCUGAACGACCACAUCCUGUGUUACGCCGAGUGGCCGGACGGUGCCUCGAACCAUUCCGCCCAGGAGUACGCGUACAACAUCGUGUUCAUGAUUCUUACCUACUUCCUACCGAUCGGCUCGAUGACCUACACCUACGCCCGGGUCGGGUUGGAGCUGUGGGGCUCCAAGAGCAUCGGCGAGUGCACCCAACGCCAGCUGGAGAACAUCAAAAGCAAACGCCGGGUCGUUAAAAUGAUGAUGAUUGUGGUGAUAAUCUUCGCCGUUUGCUGGCUUCCGUUCCACUUCUACUUCAUCAUCACCUCCUACUACCCGGAGCUGACGAAAAAGCCGUACAUCCAGGAGGUCUACCUCGCCAUCUACUGGCUCGCGAUGAGCAACUCGAUGUACAAUCCGAUCAUUUACUGUUGGAUGAACUCACGGUUUCGGCGAGGAUUCCAGCAGUUCUUCCGGUGCUGCCCGUUCGUGCGCGUCAUGCCCGACAACCCGAGCAGCCACCGGCGGAUCGGUACCGAACGUUCGUUCCUUUACAACGGUGCCGGCCACUCGCCCGGCAGCCAACGGAAAUGGCAGGGCCACAUGAGACGGGCGAAUACGCUGCCAGCGAACCGGCUGAACCACCAAACCACCAGCAUGUGCUGCCCGGGUCUCGACGAUAGCUAA